AUGAUGAUGUUGUUGUUGUUUUCUGAUUUGUUGUGGUUUUUCUUUUUUGCGUGUAGGUGUGUGUGCGUUAAUUUUCUUCAAAAGCGUGUGUCUUUUCUCAUAUGCAGUCCGCCAUUCAAAAAUUGUGCAAAGUACGGGAAAAGAUUCCACCUCCACUUACCACCACUAACCAUUUACCACCAAAAACUUCUGGUCGUGGUAGAAAAAAAAAAAGAGACCAAAAUCAAAGCAAUACCACCAGCAUCCCUUAAACACACUGUUAUAUACAUUGAUAUGGGAAAUAUAAUGUCAGUUUCAUUUGCUCCAGAAUGUACACCAGCUAAAAAUGCUUAUGAUGAUUGUUUUAAUAAAUGGUACACAGAGAAAUUUUUAAAAGGUAAAUCAAUGGAAAAUGAAUGUACAGAAUUUUGGGAUACCUAUAUUACUUGUAUAAAUGCAAAUUUGGCAAAACAAGGGAUCAAACCAAUGUUAGAUAAAGCUAGAGAAGAUCAACCUUUUGAUCAUCAAGAAAUUAAAGAAAGUUUGAAUAAUGAAAAGAAAUGA